CCCCAUCUUCUUCCUCGUCGUCGUCUUUCUCCUUCCUCCGCUCACAUAGAAUUCAACCCUACAACAGAAAAAUUCCAGCCCCUCUACUUUCUUCCGUGAUUACCAUCGCCAUCACCGCCGUUGCCCGCCGCCGAUUGUAGCCCUCGGAUUCGUGAAAUCGGGUCAUUUUAGGGAAUCGCAAUCUAAUCAACCCCAAACAACCCGCCUACCUGUCCUCCCUUGUCACGGAUUCAAUUCACUGCCGUGUCUCCCUGUUUCUCUUACCCACCAAUAAAGAUCUCGAUUGGGACCUCCUCCUUCUUUUCUCUUCUGUGUUAUCUCCCGGUAAAGUUUCUCUCUUUCUCCCUCCCUUGUUUCCUCUUCCUUACUAUGAACUUGUACCAUUAUUACUCUUCCAAUUCCGGAUGAAUCCCUUCUCACUUCUCUCUGCCCACCGGUUCACUUAACUGUUUUUGGUUGAUGUACUUGAACCAUUCACGUUUCCAGCUGUGGUUUUGUUAGCUUUAGUUCAUGAUCAAAUUCAGAAAUUAAGCAUCUUCUUAGGACUUAGAUGGUUCCUGGGUGCCCAUCUCGAGGUUUUUGACUUGUAUUUACUUAUAUUUUCUUCAAUUCAUUCAGCUGUAACAGUGUUGAGUUAAGCGGAAUUAGAAGGAGGAGGAGGAGGAGGGGUUUCUGAAGGUGUAUAAGUGGGUGGCAGCUGCAACCAGACCUUAUGCGUGGCUUUGGUUUCUGGGUUGCUGAUUGAUUGUUAGUUCUUUGGUUCAAGUUGGUGAAAACUUGUUGCAGUGGAUGUCUUGUUAACAGAUGAGUAUAGCAUGAUGAAUGUGGGAGUGAGAAUUUGUAGAUGGAUUCCCCUGAUAAGUCAUUUGCUGACAUAGUUGGGCUGUUCAAAUCCUUUGUCCCUUGGCGGACUGAGCCGCCAACCGUGUCAAGGGACUUUUGGAUGCCCGAUCAGAGCUGCAGGGUUUGCUAUGAGUGUGAUUCUCAGUUCACAUUAAUCAACCGCAGACACCAUUGCAGGCUUUGUGGCCGAGUUUUCUGUGCCAAGUGUACUUCUAACUCAAUCCCCUUGCCAUCAUCCCGUGGUUCAAGAACUACUAUUACAAGAGAAGAGUGGGAGAAGAUACGAGUGUGCAAUUAUUGUUUCAAGCAAUGGCAACAAAAUCCCACUCUUGAUUAUGGAUCACAUGUUCCAAGCCAGGCACCCAGCAGUUCAAUGUCGGCUGCCAGUUUGUCUAGAUCAAACUCAAGUGGUACAGCUAACAGUAGUAGUUAUACUCCUGGUUCCGUGCCAUAUUCUAUUGGACCUUUUCAACAAGGUCAAGGAAGCAUGGAUGCUGAUCCAUGUCAGGCAUCUCAAACGGUGACCAAGUUCGAUGAUAAGCAAGUGGAGGAAGAAAUAUUAGGAAAGAGUGAUGACCAUGUUACAGAAGAAGCGUAUGAACAUUCAAAUGGAUACUUUUACAUGAACAGGAGUGACGAUGAUGACGAUGAGUACAGUAUUUAUCGAUCUGAUUCUGAAUCUCAGAACUUUCCUCAAGCCAAUGGCUACUACCAUCAGGCUCAGUUUGAUGAUCCGAGCAAUGAUGAUGAAUUGCAGAAAGCUCAUCUUGAUGGAGAAACUAUUGAAUCAAAAAGUUUAAGUACCUCUCCUUUAAAUAAUAGUUUUUUGUCCCAUGAUCUAGAAGGAAUUCACAGGCUUGGGGAAAGGGAUGAGCAUUAUAUUGAUUAUGAUGGUGAAGCUUCUUCUACAAUGUAUCCUGGGGAAGAUGAUAGUGCAGAACCUGUGGAUUUUGAGAACAAUGGACUACUUUGGCUGCCUCCUGAGCCAGAAGAUGAAGAGGAUGAGAGAGAAGCUGAGUUUUUUGAUGAUGAUGAUGAUGAUGUUGACGUGGCAGGAGAAUGGGGAAGGUUACGUCCCUCGGCCAGUUUUGGAAGUGGAGAGUUCAGCAAUAGAGAUAGGUCAAGUGAGGAUCAGAAGAUGGCCAUGAAGAAUGUUGUUGAUGGCCACUUUAGAGCUUUAAUUGCUCAGCUAUUACAAGUGGAAAAUGUUCCGCUGGGCGAUGAAGGUGACAAAGAGAGUUGGUUAGAGAUCAUUACCUCAUUAUCAUGGGAGGCUGCUACCCUUCUAAAGCCAGAUACAAGCACAGGUGGAGGAAUGGACCCUGGUGGAUAUGUGAAAGUGAAGUGCCUCGCUUCUGGUCGACGCAGUGAGAGCGUGAUGGUCAAGGGGGUCGUUUGUAAGAAAAAUGUUGCUCAUCGGCGAAUGACUUCGAAAAUUGAGAAACCUCGACUAUUGAUCCUUGGAGGGGCCCUUGAGUACCAGCGGGUUUCUAACCACUUGUCAAGUUUUGAUACUCUAUUGCAGCAGGAAAUGGAUCAUCUGAAGAUGGCAGUGGCAAAGAUAGAUGCACAUAAUCCUGAUGUUCUUCUGGUAGAGAAAUCAGUUUCACGAUUUGCACAGGAGUACCUUCUUGCUAAAGAUAUAUCCCUUGUACUUAACAUUAAGAGGCCACUUUUAGAGCGCAUAGCGCGGUGCGCAGGUGCACAAAUAGUUCCUUCAAUCGAUCAUCUCUCAUCUCCGAAGUUGGGAUACUGUGAGAUCUUUCAUGUGCAAAGAUUUUUGGAAGAACUAGGUACAGCUGGGCAAAGUGGCAAAAAGUUGGUGAAGACACUGAUGUACUUUGAAGGCUGCCCAAAGCCAUUGGGUUUUACAUCUGCUGUGAAUCUGAUGAAGAGCUUUCCUAAUACUUAUCUCCACCACUCUAUUCCAUUUCAGAUUUUACUUAGAGGUGCCAAUGGAGAUGAGUUGAAGAAAGUGAAACAUGUGGUCCAGUAUGGAGUUUUUGCGGCAUAUCACUUAGCUUUGGAGACUUCUUUUCUUGCUGAUGAAGGAGCUUCUCCAGAACUUCCAUUUAAUUCUUCAAUAACUGUUGCACUUCCAGAUAAACUAUCAAGUAUUGAGAGAUCUAUCUCAACUGUGCCAGGUUUCAGUGUUCCUGUCAGUGAUAAAUCUCAGGGACCUCAGCAUACCAGUGAAUCACAAAGAUCAAUUAUUGUCCCUAGUGAGAGUCUAUCAGCUAUAGUGGGUGGUCGUGGUUCUGUUGAGAGUGGUGAAAUGAAAACCCUAACUGAUAGCGCUGUUCCUCUAUCUGUUGAACCUACUUUGCCUAGCUUCGGUGCUGCAGCAUUUCUACCCUCACUGCAAUCUACAAUCAAAGUCGUUGCUGAUUCAUACUGUACAUUUGAUGAGAAAAACAGACUUGGUUUGGAAGGUGCUCCAGUGACUGAGAUUUCCAUGGUUAGUGAUGGCCUGUUUUCUCUGAAUGAGCAUUUUGCUGGUAAUACGUCUGUACCUGUGGAUGGGAUCACAGUGGGUGGCGAAUCUAAUCUUGGCAAGGCAAUUGUUCCUCCACCAGUAAGCUCAGAGGUUUCAUCAGGCCUAAAAGACGGUAACAGCAAUGUGGAGGAUCGAGGACCUUUAAAAGAGGACUUUCCUCCAUCACCUUCAGACCAUCAAAGCAUUCUGGUUUCCUUGUCUUCCCGCUGUGUAUGGAAAGGAACUGUUUGUGAGCGGUCCCAUCUAUUUCGGAUCAAAUACUAUGGUAGCUUUGACAAACCUUUAGGUCGGUUUUUGCGAGACCAUUUAUUUGAUCAGAGUUAUACAUGCCGUAUCUGUGAGAUGCCAUCAGAAGCACAUGUUCAUUGUUAUACUCAUCGCCAGGGCACCCUUACAAUAUCUGUCAAGAAGCUACCUGAAUUCCUCUUACCAGGUGAAAGGGAUGGGAAAAUCUGGAUGUGGCAUAGAUGCCUAAAGUGUCCAAGGACUAAUGGUUUUCCUCCAGCCACUCGAAGAGUCAUAAUGUCUGAUGCUGCUUGGGGACUGUCUUUUGGUAAAUUUUUGGAGCUUAGUUUCUCAAAUCAUGCAGCUGCAAGUAGAGUGGCAAGUUGUGGUCAUUCACUUCACAGGGAUUGUCUUCGUUUCUACGGGUUUGGGAAAAUGGUUGCUUGUUUUCGCUAUGCUUCAAUUAAUGUCCUCUCAGUGUACCUUCCACCUUCAAAACUUGAUUUCAGCCUUGGACACCAGGAGUGGAUACAGAAAGAGGCAGCAGAGGUUGUGGACAGGGCUGAGCUUCUGUUUUCUGAGAUACUCACUGCCCUUCGUCGAAUCGCUGAGAAACGACAUGCUGCAGCACUGCAUAAUGGUAGCACAAAGCCUACCGAAUCAAGACGGCAAAUAGCUGAACUUGAAGCCCUGUUACAAAAGGAGAAGGCAGAAUUUCAGGAUUCACUACAAAAAGUUGUGCACAAAGAAGCCAAAAAGGGUCAGCCUGCAAUUGAUAUCCUUGAGAUAAAUCGCUUGAGGAGGCAAUUACUUUUCCAGUCAUACAUGUGGGAUCACCGACUGAUCUAUGCUUCCAAUUUGAAUGAUAACAGCUGCGAAGAUGUGCUCAAUGUUUCUCCUUCAGGAAAAGGGGGGAAAUCUCCCGGUAGCACUGGUAUGAACUCAGUGGACCUCUCUUCUCUACGAACAAACAUAUCUGACCAUCAUCAACAGGGUCCCUUAGAUAGUGUGUCCAAUCAGUCUAGCCCAGUUGACAAAGUAAAAGAAGAUCCUGAUGUUGAAUCUAAUACUGAUAAAGAGGACAGUGCUAAACUUGCUAGUACCGUGUCAAUGUGUGAUCAAUAUGAAGGCCUUGAAUCUGGUGGAGUUGUUAGAAGAACCCUUUCUGAGGGUCAGGUCCCCAUUUUGGCCAAUUUAUCUGAGACUCUUGAUGCUGCUUGGACAGGGGAGAAUCACUUGGGGGUAGGCAUACUAAAAGAUAAUGGCCUUGAGUCACUCUUGAGCGAUUCCUCUACUCCAGUUUCAGGCGCAUUGGAUGUUGACAAUCAUGUGGACAACAAUGGGACCAAGGGGCCUGAUGAUGCAGAAGAAUCUGUUAGCUGGUUAAGAAUGCCCUUCUUGAACUUCUAUCGAUCUCUCAACAAAAAUUUCCUUGCCAGCUCUGAGAAGCUUGACACCCUGAAUGAGUACAAUCCGGUGUAUGUUUCAUCCUUCAGGCAGCUGGAAUUAAAAGGUGGGGCCCGGCUUCUUCUCCCUGUGGGCGUUAAUGACACUGUCAUCCCUGUCUAUGAUGAUGAACCCACAAGUAUCAUAUCUUAUGCCCUUGUGUCACCUGAAUAUCAUGGACAAGUAACCGAUGAACUCGAACGGAUGAACUACAGUGGUGAUUAUGGUUCAUCAUCAUUAAAUUUCUCUGACUCCAUGGCUUCUCAGUCGUUCCACUUUGCGGAGGAUAUGAGCUUUGAUUCUCACAAAAGUCUUGGGUCUAUUGAGGAUACCACCACCUUAUCCACGUCUGCAUCUCGAAGCUCUUUGAUUCUGGACCCACUUUCAUACUCAAAGGCAUUGCAUGCUAGAGUUUCUUUCGGAGAUGAUGGUCCAAUUGGGAAGGCCAAAUAUUCCGUCACUUGUUACUUUGCACAGCGGUUUGCAGCACUAAGGAGGAUGUGUUGCCCGAAUGAACUCGAUUUUGUGAGGUCUCUCAGCCGGUGUAAGAAGUGGGGUGCUCAAGGUGGUAAAAGCAACGUCUUCUUUGCGAAGACUUUGGAUGACAGGUUCAUCAUCAAACAAGUAACAAAGACAGAACUGGAGUCGUUCAUAAAAUUCGCGCCUGAAUACUUCAAGUACCUGUCUGAAUCAAUUAGCUCGCGCAGUCCAACUUGCUUGGCAAAGAUACUUGGAAUAUAUCAGGUUGCAUCGAAGCAUCUGAAAAGCGGGAAGGAAUCCAAAAUGGAUGUUCUGGUAAUGGAGAAUCUUCUGUUCAGAAGAAACGUGACACGCCUUUAUGAUCUGAAGGGCUCUUCAAGAUCAAGGUACAACCCAGAUUCCACCGGGAAUAACAAAGUUCUGCUUGAUCAGAACUUGAUUGAAGCCAUGCCAACUUCUCCCAUCUUUGUGGGCAACAAGGCGAAGCGGUUGCUUGAAAGAGCAGUGUGGAACGAUACUUCUUUUCUUGCAUCAAUCGAUGUGAUGGAUUACUCGUUGUUGGUUGGGCUGGAUGAAGAGAAGCACGAGCUAGUUCUUGGGAUCAUUGACUUCAUGAGGCAGUAUACAUGGGAUAAACACCUGGAGACUUGGGUGAAGGCAUCAGGAAUACUAGGUGGUCCAAAGAACUCAACUCCUACUGUUAUAUCCCCAAAGCAAUACAAGAAGAGGUUCAGGAAAGCAAUGACUACCUAUUUCUUGAUGGUCCCAGAUCAAUGGUCUCCUCCCUCAGUUCUCCCAACUAAAUCUCUAUCCGAUGUGGGUGAAGAGAACACUCAAGGGGCUACAUCAGUGGAGUAAAAUGUUGGAGCAGCAAGCUAAAUAUAAGGCAGUGUACUCUCUUUUCCUUCCAUUGUACAUUUUUUUUCCUAUUACUGUGGGCUGUUCAAUCAUUUGGUCUUUCAUCUUUUUUACUUCCUUUUUGUUGGGGAGGAAAUUCCAUUUUUUUGCCGUGGAAAUGGGAAAGUGUUACAGCUGUAGUUUUGGGUUGAAAGUGGAAGGUCACGAAAGAGUGUUUAUUAGGGUGGGAGAGUAGUGGAAGGGUAAUAAUAUGGCUAGAGGAAUGUCAAAGAGGUAUAAUAUUGGGUUACCUCUCUCCAUGCAUGGGACAUCAUCAUCUUCGUGUCUGUACAAAAAUAUUUUUUUCUUGUGUUUAUAGCAUCAAUGAAAGCAGCGAAUAUUGAUCAUGUAAAUCUUGUCCAAUUGAAUCUCAUUUCUAUUUGUUGAUGUACAUUUGGAAUAUAAAUGCGCUUUUUCCUCGUUCAACUUCAUGUAUCAUGCUCGAGGUCCUUUUCGUGUAUUACAAGAGCAGAGGAAAGGGUUCCAUGGUUCUAGUUGUGUGCUUGUCUCCCAGAUGCAUUGCAUGGUAAAUGAAAAAACGUUCAUAUCAUAUUAUUGGUUUUUAUCUACAAGCAUUUCUGCAGUAAUCCAGUGGACCAUUUGUCUUUAGAUUGAACAAACUGAAGGUGAAAAGAGUGACUACAUAACAUCUGUGUCAUCACUUUUAUAUACAAGUGUAUGCAGAAAGCUGGUAUAAUGGCUUGGUGCAUAGAUAGAUGCUGGUGGUGAUAGGAGUUGUUAGAAUUAGUUUAUAAGCUGCUGGACUUUGAAAGGUCUUCUUGCGCGGUAACAGUAGCUCCAGCACUCUGAUAUUGAUCACCAUGAGAGCCAUUAACAAUCUGCAGAAGCCGCUGCUGAAGGAGGUUGAUGAUGAUCUGUGCAUCCCUUGAUGACGAAUGAUGUUGAUAUGCAGCAGGAGUCUGUCGCCGGUGCAGGUCGUUGAAACGAGGGCCUUCAUCGUAUGCUUCGCAAAUUACUUCCCCAGUCCUCUCAUCUGUAUAACAAACGAUACCCUCAACUGGGUUCUCGAAUAUCUUGUUUGUGAAGGAGGAACAAGAGGAAGAUUUGAUCAUGAUCCCCACAGGUUUAUGAGCCUUCUUAUUGCUGCUGCUGAAUGGAAGCUGGUCUGGAAUUGAAGAAGAUGCAGCAGUUUGCAUUACUGGGAAGUGUGGUGGCGAGGAAGGCCAUCUUGUGAACCUUAAUGCAACCAUUUGAUCAAACACCUUACACUAGCAAUGGUGAGCCUCCUAUUUACAGAGAGAGGGAGAGAGAGGGAUGAAGAAAACUGUAGGCGUUUACUUUAGGGUUGCAGCUGAUAGAAUAAUUAAUGGUUGCUGUGAGUAUGUUGCUAGGGAGGUUGUCUCUGUCAAUGA